AUGGAGUUUGUUCAAUCUACUUCAGAGGCUCCACUUGUGCCUGAGAGUGACGUUCCCGUCGUUCCUGCCGUUGCAGACCCCGAACAGAUCGCACCCAACGAUCAGACGGAACAGGUACAGGAGCCAGCGCAGAUACAGGAGCAAGGACAGGAGAUCCCUCCCGAGGAGCAGUCUGUGGAACAAUCUGUGCCAGUCAUGGUCAAUGUCGAAGAGCCCGUCUCUGACCACACCUCUGGCCGUGCCGCCAUCAACAAUGGUUAUAACAGCGACUCCAAGGCGCAUUACCACUCCCGAUCGAACGACUUCCAUCAAUCUGCCCCCGAAUAUGCCGCACAAGAUACCGAUCAGUCCCGCCAAAACUCUUCUCCAACCCUCACCCACCAUCCUCUACCUGUUCCAAAUUCCAGGCCUGGGUCUGGACUCUCCAGUGGUCCGGAACGCCCUGGUGCUUCUCAGCAACAACAGCAAGAAGCCAGCCAGCGACAAGCCGCACAGGCCAACAAGAAUAGUGUUGUAAUUAAGGUUGGCAUGGUGGGAGAUGCGCAGAUUGGAAAGACCAGUCUCAUGGUUAAAUAUGUUGAGGGUAGCUGGGAUGAGGAUUAUAUCCAAACGCUUGGUGUCAACUUUAUGGAGAAGACAAUCUCGAUCCGUAACACCGAGAUUACCUUUUCGAUUUGGGAUCUUGGUGGUCAACGCGAGUUCGUUAAUAUGCUGCCACUUGUCUGUAAUGACGCUGUUGCAAUUCUGUUCAUGUUCGAUCUUACUCGCAAGAGUACAUUGAACUCGAUUAAGGAAUGGUACCGCCAAGGACGUGGCUUCAAUAAAACUGCUAUUCCGUUCCUGGUGGGCACUAAAUACGAUCACUUUGUCAACUUCCCUCGCGAAGAUCAAGAGGAGAUCUCUAUCCAAGCCAAACGAUUUGCCAAGGCGAUGAAGGCUAGUCUGAUCUUCAGCAGUACCAGUCACAGCAUCAACGUACAAAAGGUCACAUUCGCUAAUUCACCGCAGAUCUUCAAGAUUGUACUGGCCAAAGCCUUCGAUUUGAAGUGCACUAUCCCAGAGAUUGAGAACGUCGGCGAGCCUCUGCUCCUUUACAAGAACGUCUAG